AUGAUUUACACCAACGCUCUUCAGCUGCUCUCUCUCGCAUCUGUCGCCCUCGCCGGCUCGGCUACAAAUGGAGAUGACCGUGAAGUCCCUUACGGUGCAUUCCCUUCCUCAACGCUCGUUACGUCAGCCAUCCCGACGCCAGCAUCCUCCUCUGUGGCUUCCCCGGCAACGCCCUCCAGCACCACCAGCCUCGGCCAGGCCAUCAUUGAGAACCACUGCCAAACACCCAUCUACGUCUGGUCCGUCGGCUCAGUGACACCUGCCCCCGUGACAGUCUCUUCAGGGGGCCGCUACAGUGAGACCUACCGUCUCGAUCAUGACACCGGCGGCGUCGCCCUCAAGAUUAGCACCCAGCAGGAUGGGCUCUACAACAGUGCCCCAUUGACCAUCUUUGCAUACAACUUGAAUGGCCAGGAGGUCUGGUAUGAUCUCUCAGAUGUGUUUGGGGACCCAUUCAAGGGCCACCCCGUUGUGCUGGUGCCCGCAGAACCAGCUAUCAACUGGGCCGACGGUGUUCCUCCAUCCGGGAGUCAGGUUCGAGUUCAGAGUGCCUCGAACAAUCUGGUCUUGACGCUGUGUUAG